CCUAGGGCAUCCAAUACCGGACAUGGAAAGACAAGGUCAAGGACAUGAGUUCAUCGCUGAUAGUGAUGAUCGACAUGUAUGUCAGCUAUGAGGUCAUUGCUUUCUCUGCCAUAUUCAACUUCAGCGCACCCUUCACCCCCCCCCAAAAAAAAAGAGAAAGAAAGGAAAAGAAAAAGAAAAAAGGAAAAAUUACUUCAUGAUCUGCUCGGCAUUCUACGAUCAAUGUAUGCCGGUGCUACCUUACGUACGAGUAGUAGUACAGGUGGAUGCGGACUUGCCGGUCGGAAGCUGCGCAUGCAGCCAGAAGAGGCAACGGUCAAAUGUCGGUUGUUAGAAUGGAACAAACACACACUGGCUGAUGUGGAAUGCCACCGUUAGAUAUCCCCCAAUCAUGUGUUCCGGAUCUCGGUUCAGGAUUAGAUCGACCUUCCAUAGUAAAUCCACAACGUGCAUGAUAGUUCAGAUUCGAUUAAUUUAUUUAUUUAAUUAAAUUAAUUAAUGAAUCAAUCAAUCAAUCAAUCGAGAGAGAGGAGACAAAGAGGAUGACGACUAAUUAUGAGUGUCGUCGGUACGGUGGAGCAUGGGUACUCUAGUGCAUGGGUCUAAACUUAGCAAUAAUAUUAUUUUUAUCUCUUUUUGGCUCGACUAGGA